UAGUUUUGUACGUCAGUAAGGCCGCCAUGUUGACAAGGUACAGGUAUCUGCAAAACGACCCUUCCAACUGUUCUAAAAUGAAGCCGCGUUUUUCUGAAGGACAUAAAAUGACGCACAGCUAGUUGGACCAAUCAUAACGGGUCUUUUUCGUCACAUCCGCUUGUUCGGGGGUUGUGGACAGUACUUCCGGCCGCAUCGCCCUCUGGAAACCGCAGCUGCCUCCCAGAAUGGGCAGUGUUUUGGCUGCCAGCUCCCCCAGCCCACUCCCUGAUGCAUCAGCUGCCAGUUCAGCCUCACCCGGGGUGACGAUGCCACCUGGCUUCGGGAUGCCUCCGGUGUCCCCAGUCGUUCCUCCAGCUGGGACGGGAUCUGGACUGCAGCAGGAGGCAGAAGACACUCUGCCCAACCCCGGAACGUUUGAUGAGUGUCAUCGAAAAUGUAAAGAGGUGUUUCCGAUGCAGAUGGAAGGAGUCCGACUCGUUGUGAACAAAGGUCUUAGCAACCACUUCCAGGUGAAUCACUCUUUGCUGCUCAGCAACACUGGAGACUCCAGCUACAGGUUCGGAGCGACAUUUGUUGGAUCCAACCAGACCGGUCCUGCCGAGUUUUCCCCCGUCAUGGUGGGAGACAUGGAUAACAGCGGCAGCCUGAACGCGCAGAUCAUCCAUCAGAUCAGCAGCAGAAUCCGAUCCAAAGUGGCCUUCCAGACGCAGCAGCAGAAGUUUGUGAACUGGCAGGGCGACGCUGAGUUCUGGGGAGACGAUUUUACAGCGACGGUCACAUUCGGAAACCCAGAUGUCCUCGCUGGUUCUGGGAUCAUCAUCACCCACUACCUUCAGUCCAUCACUCCAGCUCUGGCUCUGGGAGGAGAGCUGGUUUAUCACUGCAGGCCCGGAGAGGAGGGCUCAGUCAUGUCUUUAGUGGGCAGGUACACAGGCAGUAACUUCAUUUCCACGCUGACCCUCGGCUCGUCCAGAGCUCAUGCAUCGUACUACCACAAAGCCAACGAUCAGCUGCAGGUCGGAGUGGAGUUGGAGGCCAGCUUACGGAUGCAGGACACCAGCGUGUCAUUUGGCUACCUGCUAGAUGUUCCCAAAGCUAAUCUACAGUUCAAAGGUUCCAUCGACAGUAACUGGAUCGUUGGAGCAACGUUGGAGAAGAAGCUGCUGCCUCUUCCUCUCUCUCUGGUUCUCUGUUCCUUCCUGAACCACCAGAAGAACAAGUUCCAGUGCGGCUUCGGCAUCACCAUUGGUUAGAACGUCUGACGGUGCUGCUGUUUCCUCGCCUCGGUGGGUCACAGCAUCCUUUUUGUCUGAUUGCUACAAGAGCGGCUGGUCGUUAGUAGAAGAUAAAGUGGUUUGCAGCAUAAAUCUCCUGGAUGAUUGAUGGAGUGAUGCAGAACAGGAGCCUUCAGGAGUUCAGCAGCGUUCCUGACUUCCUUUUCUGAGACCUUUUCCUGCUUUUUUUGACUAAGAACUUUGUCUUGUUAUGAAGGAAGGAAACAUUUUCUUUAACAGACACUAACUGUAGCAGCUGUUUGGAUCAGCUUUGCUGUAUCUUCUCAGUCGUCACCUGUUCUGUUGCCUUUUUCUGUUGGUUCUGUUAGACCCGUACGGAUGAGCUGUAAAUACAUCCUGGAAUCUGAUGGAUGCAAACCAAUCUUAAACUCCAGUUUCUUAUUAAAGCGUCUCAGUCGUUC